AUGCAUGAAAAUCAACAAACCUGCCUGUCUGCCAUGCCACGCCACUCCGUGCCCACUCGCAAGCGGCCGCGGCGGGCCUUUAGGUUACUAUCCGCUGUGAAGGAUCCUACCUUGCCUUACUUUAAAAACUAUACUAUAUUAAUACUAUUAGCUAAGAUUAAAGCUAAUAAAGCUAUUUACUUUACUUACUUUAAGACUAGCUUCUUAAAUAAAGACCUAGAAGAGAUUAGUAAAGGCUAG